AUGCAAGGUUCCAACCUCUCGCUGUCAUUACUAGAUGACAGCAUUGAGGACACUUCAGCGAUAGACGAAUCUCCUUUCGGACCAUUAAAAAACGUUUCUACAAGGAAAACGUUUGCGUAUUUGAUUGCAAUUCUCAAUACGACGUAUCCCGACCACGAUUUCUCCAAUUUGCAGCCCACGACCGAGAAUUUUGAUCGAGUGGAAUCGCCUGAGCUUUUGAUGGAUCGCUUCAAUAGUAUCAUGAUCUCUUUGGGCAAAAAAGAAGAUUUGCUAAGCUGGGUAUGGGAUACAAUUAACGUUUACAUGGAUUUGUUCCCUUCUAGAUCGCCGAAAUUGUCGGCCCAGGCAGUUAACAGCUCUCGGAAAAAUAGUUUCACCAGUGGCACAAUGCUGACAUCACCCAAGACUGAUCCUCUGCCGAACCUUGAUCCUGGAUGCAAAAUCUACGAGUUUCUGCCAUCAGACCAAUCUAUUUUAGAAGACCUCAAUCAUCCAUAUCAAACGCUGUGGUCUUAUUAUUGGUUCAUCUACAACAAGAAGAAGAAGAGAGUGUGUUUCUUGUAUCUUACUGGUCUCAACAGGCUCCAUUAUUCACAAGUAAACGAAAAUCCAGAUAGAGCCUAUGAUAACGAUGAAAUUGAUAGAACGUCCAAGAAUGAUGAUAGCGAUGACUUUAUGGAGGAAGAUUUGGAACAAGAUGAUGAUGAAGAUGAUGAUAAUGACGAUGUGAUGGGGGAUCUUGAAAUUUGA